AGGUCCGAGUUGGAGGAAGCCGGAAGCCAAGCCCCGCGAGCCACUCUAUCGACCCCUGCCCCGCUCUGACGCCAGCCGGACCUGGGGGCCUCCUUCCUGUCCGGGCUCCGCGCCCGCGCCCCCGGCUGUGCUCCAGGCGUUGGGCUGCUCCCUGGGGCUGGCAAGGGGCGCGGGCAGUGCACUCACCUGCCUGUGAGCGGUAGUGUUUGGGUCCUGCCCACCCUGAGUGGCCCAGAGUGACCACGGUCAGGCCAUGGGGACCGCACUUGUAUACCACGAGGACAUGACAGCUGCCCGGCUGCUCUGGGACGACCCCGAGUGCGAGAUCGAGUGCCCGGAGCGCCUGACCACAGCCCUGGAACGCCUGCAGCAGCGUGGCCUGGAGCAAAGGUGUCUGCAGCUGGCAGCCCGGGAGGCCUCGGAGGCGGAACUGGGCCUGGUGCACAGCCCGGAGUAUGUGGCCCUGGUGCGGGGGACCCAGGCCUUGGGCACCGGGGAGCUCCAGACCCUGUCUGGACAGUACGAUGCCGUCUACUUCCACCCGAGUACCUUCCACUGUGCCCGGCUGGCUGUGGGGGCGGCGCUGCAGCUGGUGGAUGCAGUGCUGGCGGGAGCUGUGCGCAACGGGCUCGCCCUGGUGAGGCCUCCUGGGCACCAUAGCCAGAGGGCUGCCGCCAAUGGAUUCUGCGUGUUCAACAACGUGGCCAUAGCGGCCAGACAUGCCCAGCGGCAGCACGGGCUGCACAGGAUCCUCAUCGUUGACUGGGAUGUCCACCAUGGCCAGGGCAUCCAGUAUAUCUUUGAGGACGACCCCAGCGUCCUUUAUUUCUCCUGGCACCGCUAUGAGCACGGGCGCUUCUGGCCCUAUCUCCGAGAGUCAGAUGCAGACGCUGUUGGGCAGGGCCCGGGCCUUGGCUUCACUGUCAACCUGCCCUGGAACCAGGUCGGGAUGGGAAAUGCUGACUACGUGGCCGCCUUCCUGCACGUGCUGUUGCCUGUGGCCUUUGAGUUCAACCCUGAGCUGGUCCUAGUCUCCGCGGGAUUUGACUCAGCCAUCGGGGAUCCCGAGGGACAGAUGCAGGCCACGCCAGAGUGCUUUGCCCACCUCACGCAGCUGCUGCAGGUGCUGGCUGGUGGCCGGGUCUGCGCUGUGCUGGAGGGUGGCUACCACCUGGAGUCACUCUCACAGUCCGUGUGCAUGAUGGUGCAAGCGCUGCUGGGCGACCCUGCCCCGCCCCUGUCGGGGCCCAUGGUGCCGCAUGGCAGCGCCCUGGAGUCCAUCCAGAGUGUCCGGGUAGCCCAGGCCCCUCACUGGAUGAGCCUCCAGCAGCAAGGUGUGGCCCCUGUACUGAGUCCCAGGCCCUACUCCCCAGAGGGGAGGCCCUCGUCUCUGCUGCUGACCGGGAGGCCCGAAUUCAAGGCAGCGGCAACCCAGGACGUGGCUGCCCUGAGCUCCCUCCUGGACCAGCCGCGCCUCAAUCCCACGCCCCCCGUACGCACGGCUGUUGCCUUGGCUGCGCCAGAUGCUGCCCUGGCCCUGCCCUCUGACGUCCUCUGUGAGGAGGGGUCAGCCCCACAGGAGGAGACGCAGGCCUGGGCCAGGCCACAUGAGGCCCUGGCCCAGGACAGGGCCCUCACUGCACUCGGGAAAGUCCUGUACCUUUUGGACAGGAUCCUGGAUGGGCAGGUGAGCAGUGGCGUUGCAGCCACCCCAGCCCGUGCUGCAUCUGCCGCCCUGGAUGUGGCCAUUCGGCGUGGCCUGUCCCACGGAGCCCAGAGGCUGCUUUGUCUGGCUGUGGGGCAGCUGGAUCGGCCCCCAGAUCUCACGGAUGACGGGAGGAAUCUAUGGCUGAACAUUGGGGGCAAGGAGGCAGCUGCCCCGUCCAUGUUCCACGUCUCUGUGCCACUGCCAGGGACGACUGGAGGGUUUCUGAGCUGUGUCCUGGCCCUGGUGCUGCCCCUGGCCUACAGCUUCCAGCCUGACCUGGUGCUGGUGGCGCUGGGGCCCGCCCAUGGCCUGCGGGACCCCCAAGCUGCACUCCUGGCUGCGCUGCUUCGGGGCCCAGCGGGGGGCCGGGUCUUGGCCCUUGUAGAUGAGGAAUGCACACCCCAGCUUGUGGUGGUCCUGGCCAGGGUGUUGCAUGGCGAGGCAGCCCCCAGCCUGGGUCCCGCCUCCACGGCCUCCCCAGAGGACGCGCAGGCCCUGGUGCAGCUGAGAGGGCAUCUGGAGCCACGGUGGAAGAUGCUGCAGGCGGCCAGUGAGGCUGGGGGGCCAGGCUCAGGCUGAACGCUUGGGGCCUUGGGCGACAGCUGCCUUAGAGCUCUGUGGGGGGACGGGCUCACGUCCCGGGAGUGGGGUGCUGCCCGGAACAAGCUCAUAGCCGCGUCAAGCAGUUGUGCACCUCUUCCUAGCUCCUCCUUGCGUGCUGUAACCUGGUAGCUUGAAAUCGGCCAGGGUGGGAGUAUUUACACCCCAGAAAAGACACUACCAACUAGUCCCCCAAGAGCCUGUUGUUAACCAUUCACUAGCACACCUCUGCGCCAGGCUUCUGUCCUGAGGGCUAGGCUACGGGGCUGCCCAGGACACUGGCUCAGGGGCUCUGUAUCCCCCCGCCCCAGCGCGGACUCCCCCUCCGGCGACCCGUCUCUGCACGGACGGCCCCUCCCUCGCUCCCUCCCCGCCCAAUCAGUAAACGUCGGUUAAGCGAAA